AUGGGAUCGCAACGACGUGCUUCAGCUCUCGAGGCUGUAGCACCUUCGACAAAUACUCCAUUGGCACCAAAACCUGAGGCGGACGAAAAGCUGCAAAGGCAGUGGAACGAAGCGAUAUGCAGGAACAUGGACUUGCCGAAAGGCUACGCUCAAGUAGCCGUCCUUAUUGUCAAGUGGGCGGACCAUCUUGACGAUCUCAGUACUGGCGAAGAGGUGGAGAGAUUGACCAGUGUCUUCCGCGAUGACUUUCACUAUAUCACAGUGACUGUUUCAUUGAAUGAGGAAUCGGCACCGCAACACCAGCUUAUCCACGAGAUCACUGGAUUCUUGAAACACUUUGACGGCCCAAACAACCUCUUGAUCAUAUAUUACACCGGUCACGCUGGUUUCAACCAGGAUAGUGGUGAGCUCGAAUUUUAUGCAAGAAAUGCCCCGGAAGGCGCACCAGGAGCUGGCUAUGCCGACCAGUGCGCAAGCUGGAACGUGGCAGAGAGCUUGUUCCUAAAAAGCACAGAGGCCGAUACCCUUGCGAUCCUUGACACGUGCUACGCAAGCAACGUCACCAAAGGCGCACAAGACACUGGAAGAGCUUACCAGCUACUUGCCGCAAGUGGGCACAAUCGAAUGACAGCAGGCCCGGGUCACAGGUCUUUUACUACCGCCAUGAUUGAGUCACUCAAAGAGUGUCUCAAUGAGAAUGGAGACAAGCCGUUCAGUUUGUGGAAGCUGAGUUCCAAGAUCAACGAGAAGCAGUAUAGGCGGCAGAAUCCCUGCUUCCCGCACGACAGACUCAAGAAGCACGACCGGCAAAUUGAAUUGGCGCCUCUCAAGGAGAAAAGAUCGAAGAAGGACGACAACAAGAUGGUCUUGACGCAGAGGGCAAGUGGUGCGGACCUGACGUUGUGUUUUGCCCUUGGCUUCAAUCCGGUGACCCAGGACCACAUCGAAAAGCUGGCGAGGGGGCUUCCCCAAGCUUUCGAAACCGCCGGACUCAUGUUACAAAGGAUUGAUUGGGUAAACCUCGAACAACGGCCGCCCGUAGACUUCAAGAGCACGGUUAGUGCUUUGAACGUUGCGCAUCGCUGGCUUCAGAAGGCCUUCCCAGAUCGGAAGAGAAGCGCCAGGCUUCAAGAAGCACCACUUGAGGCACCACUUGGGGGGCCACUUGGGGCACCACUCAAGGUCGGGACCGAUGACUCCUCAACACGACGGAAACUUCCACAAUCCGAUGGGGUACCGACCAAUGCGGAAACAGCAGAGAUCGACAGCACCGAGCUUGACAACACACCUGCCGAAGCUACUCCGUCGUCCGUGGAAGAACCGCUUCUCCAGCAUGAUCCUGAUAAUUCGGCAUCGGAUGCUACCCGCGCGCCGCUGAUGGAGCAGACUGUCUCUUUCAGGGUCGGAAGCAUUGCUCAACUUACGGCGGCGGUGAUCGGUAUGGGCCUCUUGUCCUGUGUGACGACCGUUCUCUGCACACGAGCGGCUCUCAAGGCUUUCGGCUGA